UCCAUCUAUCUAUCUACCACCCAAGAACCAUGUGGUCAGAUUUCUCCUACUCAUUUGAAAAUUGUAUGGAUCAUAGAUCUCUUUCCACUAUCUUGUUCUCCUACAUCAUAUAAAACCUCACAACCAUUUCCUACAUUGCAAUUUACAAUCUCCCAAACACUCCCCUAUAAAAUCUCAUUGCCAUGGCCAUCUCCCACCUUUCAUUUGCAUCAAUUGCACUCCUUUUUCUAUCUUUCUCAAUCGUUCUUCUUCUACGUGGUAUCAAACAUCUAAUCCGAAUUCCUGAUCAUGGCCCACCAACAUACCCCUUUCUUGGAUGUUUGAUCUCUUUCUACAAGAACAAACACCGGCUCUUGGAUUGGUACACUCAGAUGCUGGCCCACUCACCAACCCAAACCAUCAUAGUCCGUCGAUUCGGCGCUCCACGGACGAUCAUCACCGCAAAUCCAGACAAUGUAGAGUACAUUCUCAAAACCAAAUUCGACAACUUCCCCAAAGGUGGGCCAUUCAUCGAAAUCCUCAAAGACCUCCUCGGCCGAGGUAUAUUCAACGUUGAUGGUGAGCUCUGGCACACCCAGCGCAAGUUAGUCAGCCACGAAUUCACUACCCGGUCACUACGGGAAUUCCUAGUGAAGAUUCUCGAAGUUGAGGCAAACGAGAGACUAUUACCGAUUCUAGAAUCUGCAUGUGUGAAAGCUGAGCCGUUGGAUUUGCAAGAUUUGUUUAAGAGGUUCGCGUUCGAUACUAUAUGUAAUGUAGCAUUGGGAUUCGAUCCAGGUUGCUUGAAUCCUUCAUUACCAGCAUCAGAUCUUGCAAAUGCCUUUGAUGUGGCGUCAGAGAUAAGUGCAAAACGAGCCGCGGCACCGAUUUUUGCCGUGUGGAAGGCUAAGCGAGCCAUGCGUAUGGGGUCUGAGAAACGGCUCAAGGAAGCGAUUGAGAUUGUGCAUGGAUUAGUGGUUGAGAUUAUCCAUCGAAAGAAGCUCGAAAAUGAUAAAGAAGAAGAGAAUAAAGAUCUUCUUUCCAGAUUGAUAAUGGGCGGUCACGAUGAAGAGGUGAUACGGGAUAUGGUUAUAAGCUUUGUGAUGGCAGGACGGGACACGACAUCAGCGGCAUUGACAUGGUUCUUCUGGUUACUCGCGUGCCACCGAGAGAUUGAAAAUGAGGUGUUGAAGGAAGUGAUGAUUGCUUCGAAGGGCGAUGAACGGUUGGAUUACGGUUCACUUAAAGAUAUGCGGUUGCUGGAUGCGUGCUUGUGUGAGACUAUGCGUCUGUAUCCGCCGGUACCAUGGGAUUCAAAGCAUGCGGCUGACGUGGAUAUGCUUCCAGAUGGGACCCACGUUAAUAAGGGUGAUCGGGUAACGUACUUUCCUUAUGGGAUGGGGAGGAUGGAGAGUGUGUGGGGUAAGGAUCGACUGGAAUUCAGGCCACAACGAUGGUUAGGAUCAACGGUUAAGAUUUCACCGUACAAGUUCCCGGUGUUUCAAGGUGGGCCGCGGGUUUGUCUGGGGAAGGAGAUGGCUUUUAUCCAAAUGAAGUAUGUCGCUGCAUCGGUGAUUAGACGGGUUGAGAUUAGGCCGGUGGGCCAUGAUCUGCCGGUCUUCGUGCCACUUUUGACUGCUCAUAUGGACGGUGGAUUUAAGGUCAUGGUGGGAAAGAGGAGCUCUUUAAUGUCGAAUAUCAAUGGUUGAUGACUGAGGGUGAGUUUGGUGCGGUAAAUUUCGUGAUAUUUCAUGAUUUUUUUUUUUGCAACCAAACACAUCCUUAGCUUAUGAUCCGAAAGUGAUACUAAAUUUGGAUGGAUAGGUUGCUUUAGUGGCCCACCUCAUGAUCAGUGGGAAUCCUGUAUCUAGUUGCUUGAUUGAUUCUGGUAGGAACCAUUUUUUCCACUGUAUGGAUUAAAUCCAAAGCGUUUAAAUCAA